GAAAUAUUCAUCCAACACAUCGAUCACAACUGGAUGCAAUACAGUUAUUAUCAAUUGCAACAUGUCCAGUCAUCAAGAAACAUGGUAUUGAUGCUAUUUUGGAACCAUUCCUGGACGAUCUCAAGUGUUUAGAACGGGUACAGUGUGUACAUCAUUAUUAAUACAUAUAUAACAACCAAGGUUUACAAAAAAACGAACUAGAAAGUAACAAAAAAUAACAGAAGUAUGCAAAUUAUUAGAGAAUGCCACAAAUGAUCUGCAGCUGAGAUCCCAUAAUUUGGUACUACAUCCUUUGUGGAGCAGUUUGUUUUUGUGAUGAUUUAAUUAAUGCUAUUUCAUUGUUUGUGAAUUUAAGCUAACCUUUAUGUGGGAAAUUAUGUACCUUAUUUUUGUGUUCUGUAAUGGCAAGUAAUUUUACCCAUCACCGGAAAGGGAAAUUGCUGACUGGGUUUAAAAUUGGACAUUUUUUUAGGAUGAAGGUUACCAGUUCCAGAUAAAUGGUACUUGUCAAACACUUAGAGGGACUAUUGCAUUUGUUUGCGGUGACAACCUUGGUUCUCAACUAAUUGGUGGUUUCAAAGAGGGUGCAAAUGCAAGGCACAGAUGUCGGCAUUGUAUGGGUUCGAUACCUGAUAUUCAAACAAAAGUGAGUAUACAGUAGUUUGAGGAAAAAUCUUUAAAGUGUACCUGAGGUGUCACUGCACCAGUCGUAAAACAGGUUUUGAAAAGGCCAUGAGCAAUUUCUCUGUUUUUAGUUAUUUUGAGGGGUACAGUAGUCAAACGUUUUUCACACCCUUUGAAGCAAAGAAAUAGUUUAAAUUUUAAAGCACUAUGGUUCUGCAUACAAGUAAGGGCACAUCCACAUGUACUGUAUGAGUGGAUAUACCCUUACUCGUGUGUUGUACUGUUAUAACUGUAAGGAGAGAACUGUGUUAUAACUGUAAGGAGAGAACUGUUAAUUGCUUGGAUUAAGUAACUUGCACAAUUGUUGCUGCUGUGAUUACCAAAACAUACUGUACUACUGCGAGAAAAUUGUAAUAUUUAACCAUGGCAAUACACCACCUACAGGUACAAUACACUAUAAAGUAAGUCGGAACAAAGUUUUCAGAUAGCUCAAUUGCUGGUAACCAAUGAAAACAAGUUAUAGAGGGUUACAACAUCUGAUAUUGCCUUUUUAUUGUCCCGCCUUUUUUUAUUCAAUGCAUGACUUUUUCACAUCUAUCAUUUUGAGAGUUUCACUGCAGGUAAUAAUAAUGUACUGCAGUAUGUGGGAAAAAAAUAUUUUGAAUUCCUAAGUUGACUGAUAGUGCUCAUUGUUAAUGUUUUAUUUAAAUGCAGUUCAGAGAGAUUUUGUUUCAUCUGAGGACAAAGGUUGGUCAUGACUACCAGUGUGAUAUCGUUGAAAGAGAACCAGGUAGUGGGAUCAUCUAUGGAAUCAACAGAAGAUCGUCACUUUGCAACUCACAUUACUUCCAUGUAAUCGGUGUGCUUCCUGCCGACUCCAUGCACGACAUUCUAGAGGGUGUGUUGCAGUACGAGUGUAAAGAAAUGCUCAAAAUAUUUAUCAACGAAGAUUCUUAUUUUACUCUAAAAGAGUUGAAUGACAGGAUAAAGGAUUUCGACUAUGGAUACUACAACGACAAGAACCAGCCAUCACAAAUUUCCUCACUUACUCUCAACAAUAACUCCAACAGUGUCAAGCAGAAAGGUUCCGUACUACUACAAUAUAUAAUAUGCAGUAUUUAACAGCAGUUACUGGUCAUCCUUACUGCACACAGUAUAUCUAACAACCAGUUACAGUGUACAGUAGGUAUCACCAUUUAUGAGUAUCACAUCAUACCAACACUAAGACUAUGAAGAAUCAGUCUUUUAUUGUUUUUCUAUUAUGUGUCCCUUAUUAUUUCCACCUUGCUAAAGCGUGUAAACUAAUCACCUGUGUCCUAGGCCUGACAGAUGGCAAUCAUGAAACUGCACAUACAUGCUAAUUCAAUUAGACUGACAAAAUGUUUUGUUUUAAUCCAGGUACUACUAACUUGCAAUAUUAAAUAUAUCCUAUGUUAUAUUUUGCAGCUGCUCAGAUGUGGUGCCUGGGUAAAUUUCUGCCUUUAAUAGUUGGAAAUCGUAUACCAGAUGAUGAUGAAAGAUGGCAGUUGUUCAUUAUGCUCCUGGAAAUUGUCGACAUUGUUUUCUCACCAAUUGCUAGUGAGGAGAGUGUUGGGAUCCUGCAAGGUUUAAUUGAAGAACACCAUGAAAUUUUCAUCAACUUAUAUCCAGGAAGAUCGGUAACACCAAAAAUGCACUACAAGAUUCACUUUCCAACCCAAAUCCUCCAGUAAGUCAGAGUUUUAUUAUUGAGAAAUUAUAAAGCGUACAAUGUCAAUGAUGCGUGGAAAAUCCUUGAGUUAAAAAAGAAAAAUGCUGUCCAGGCUAGAUCUGGAGACCUCGAGGUACCGGUAUAUAAAAAAACAGUUGCUACCAUAUUUCUGACAUAUAUUAUCUGUUCUUAUGCCGCUGACCAGACUAUUGCAGUCAGCGGCUUAUUGUCAUGGCGCGCAAUGUAUAUGGUUGAUUGGGUUUGUCCACAGGAUUUACGAAUACCGACAAACUGCAGGCGAAUGUUUCUAUGACCCGGCGAUAAGCAAGCCCAACCUUAACACUGUUUUACAUUGCAUUGAUAACCAAACACGUGGUAACAAACCCCUAAAAUAACACUAAUAUUACCUAAUGUAUCCACUAUAUCCAAGUUAGCGACGUAUGCACUCAUUGUGUGUCUAUUUUACAAUGUAGGCUGGGACCAAUGGUGCGAUCAUGGUGCAUGAGAUAUGAGGCUAAACAUAGAUAUUUCAAGCAACUAGCAGGUGUUAUGGGAAAUUUUACCAAUGUUGCCUACACACUUGCUGAAAGAUACCAGCGUCUUCAGUGUUUAAAAGUGAGCCCAACAGGCAAUAACAAUGAAGAAUUUCUUUGUAAACCUGUGGAAAUCGGUAAUUAUCAUUAUAUUACGUCAGGUUUUUAUAUUACGUCAAGAUUACUCUACUGUAUGUCACAUUAGUUAGCCAAUCACGUUUUGUCAGGGGCGUAGGAACCAAGGGGGCCAAGCCCCCCCCCCCCCCCAACUUUAAAAUCACACAAAAAGUGCCCUUUUCCUUUGAGGUAAAGUGUCCUUUUUCUUUGUGGAAACGUUUUUUAAAUGAGCUGUAAAUACUCUGAAACUGGUUUCUAUGUGUCAUUUACAUGUAAGGCAUAGUUUAUUUUAACAGUAUACAAUAAUACGUGUCAAUGUCAAAUGCCCUUUUCACCAGGCAAGUGCCCUAGAAGUUAAUGGUCCCUCCAACUUAAAUGUGCUUCCUUCGCCCCUGCGUUCUGUCUUCAUGCAUCGAAGCAACGAUCACAUUCCAAAUGGCACUGAUUGUAGUAUUUAUCUUUCAUAUUAGGCUCUGGACAAACGGUAGCAGCUGGAGAUACUGAUUAUUUCGAUUUAUCGCUUGAGCAAGAGGUGGAGAUACAUUACACAAGUAUCUUGUAUGAGUGAGUUCAACAUUUUUUUCAAUUCUAUUCUAACGUUGGCAUACAAAACAAAUAGGGCUUAUUCCUUGGCUGCGGCGUUUUAGACAGAGUAAAAAACUAUAGAAAUGUGCUGAAUAGUAACAUACUUUUUCGCUAUAAAACGGCCAUAACUCUCAAACACGUUAUUUCACUUCGAGAAAAGUUAAAAAGUUUACUUGUGAGCCUGCAAUGCUUGUGAACAAAGGAGGGCGGUAAUACGCCAAGGAAUAAUGAUAUGCAUAACUGUGUCAUUUAGCCCCACCGUCUCAUUUUGGCCCGUAUUACCCUAAAUCUUUGGUGCUUACCAUAAACAAUUAUUCAAUCAUGCAUUGACACGAUUACCUUUCUUCUUUAAACUCUGCAGGUCUACCAAUGUAAUAAUUGAUGGAAUAAAAUACAAAGUGAAUGAUGUUUUGAUUAUUAACAUGGAUGAAGAUUUGCCAGAGUUUGGAUCCAUACAUAAGAUUAUAGUAUUUGCAGAUAAAUGCAUUUACUUUCUUGUUACAAAGUUCAAGACCAUUGAGCAUAACAGGCACUACCAUGUUUAUGAAGUACGAAGAGAAAUCAGACCUGAACAAGUGCUACUGCGUCCGAACACGAUGCCAAAUUACAUGCCCAUGCAUACUGUGAAACCUUAUGGAUCGUCUCAGCGAAAUGGCGCUUU